UCUGCCGCCCGCCGGUCGCCGGUGCAGCGGCAAUGCCCCGCAGCCCGGCCGCGGCCCCCGGCCCGCCCAGCUAGCCCCACGCCGCGACUCUCCGAGCAGCGAUGGGCAACACGGUGCACCGGACCCUGCCAGACUCUAGCCCUCCUGCGCGCCUCCUGGCCACCCGGCCUUGCUACGGCCCGGGCCCGGAGAGGCGAGCGGUCCUGGGCGAGGCGCCGCGCUUCCAUGCGCAGGCCAAGGGCAAGAACGUGCGUCUGGACGGCCACUCGCGCAGAGCCACGCGGCGAAACAGCUUCUGCAAUGGCGUCACCUUCACGCAGCGACCCAUUCGCCUGUACGAGCAGGUGAGGCUGCGCCUGGUGGCCGUGCGUCCUGGCUGGAGCGGAGCGCUGCGCUUCGGCUUCACUGCACACGACCCGUCGCUCAUGAGCGCACAGGAUAUCCCCAAGUACGCCUGCCCGGAUCUGGUCACGCGGCCUGGAUACUGGGCCAAGGCGCUGCCAGAGAACCUGGCGCUACGGGACACGGUGCUGGCUUACUGGGCCGAUCGCCACGGUCGCGUCUUCUACAGCGUCAACGACGGCGAGCCGGUGCUGUUCCACUGCGGCGUGGCCGUGGGCGGCCCACUCUGGGCACUCAUCGACGUCUAUGGCAUCACGGACGAGGUGCAGCUGCUGGAAAGCACCUUCGCUGACACGCUGACCCCCCUGCGCCUGGGCCAGGCCCGCCUCAGCGCGUGCCCUCCUCCUGGCAGCCACGAUGCUGCCAACUUCGACAACAACGAGCUAGAGAACAACCAGGUGGUGGCCAAGCUGGGCCAUCUGGCUCUCGGCCGACCCGAUGCCGCCGUCCCAUGCGUGGCCCGUGAACGCGCGAGGCCCGCCUCAUCGCCUGCGCUGCUGGAUGCCGAGCUGCGCUUCCACGCCACGCGUGGCCCCGACGUGAGCCUAUCCGCCGACCGCAGGCUAGCCUGCGCGACCCGCCCCGAUGGUGGCCGCACGCUCGUCUUCUCUGAGCGGCCCUUGCGGCCGGGGGAGAGCCUGUGCGUGGAAGUGGGGCGCCCGGGGCUGGCGGCACCCGCGGCUGUGGCCUUUGGCAUCACGUCCUGUGAUCCCGGUGCGUUGCGGCCAUCAGAGCUGCCGGCCGAUCCCUCUGCGCUACUGGACCGCAAGGAAUACUGGGUAGUGGCGCGCGCCGGGCCAGUGCCCAGCGGAGGCGACGCGCUCAGCUUCACACUGAGACCUGGUGGCGAUGUCCUGUUGGCGGUGAACGGGCGCCCGCGGGGACGCCUGCUGUGCGUGGACACCUCGCAGGCGCUCUGGGCCUUCUUCGCGGUGCGCGGCGGCGUGGCGGGCCAGCUGCGUCUCCUGGGUACCCUACAGUCCAGUCCUGAGACCACAACGCCAUCAGGGUCCUUCAGUGGCUCCCAGGAUGACAGUGAUUCAGACAUGACCUUUGGGGUCAACCAGUCAUCCUCAGCAUCAGAAUCAUCUCUGGUGACAGCCCCCAGCUCCCCACUGAGUCCCCCGGUGUCCCCAGCCUUCUCUGCACCCGAACCGGCAGGCAGCAGGAAUGGAGAGUGCACAGUGUGCUUCGACAGUGAGGUGGACACGGUCAUCUACACAUGUGGACACAUGUGCCUGUGCCACAGCUGCGGCCUGCGGCUCCGAAGGCAGGCCAGGGCCUGCUGUCCUAUCUGCCGGCGGCCCAUCAAGGAUGUUAUCAAGAUCUACAGGCCAUAGCCGCGCACCUGGCUCGGCCAAGGCGAGGUCACCUUUGUGAAGCCCCUGCUAGGUGGGCGACACCAUGGCUAUCAGGGAGCCCGGGUCAGGAGCCAUCUCUCGUCUGCCACUCCGCAGUGAUGAGCAAGGCAGGACAGGUGUGGAGAUGAGGCCCUGGGGGCUAGAGCCCAGGCGAGCAUUUGUUGCUUUUGGCUCAAACACCCAUAGCCCCCAAAAGCCCGUCCCAGGAUUCAGCUCAGGAACUGCUUGGCAGAUCACCUGCCUCUUGGUGACCUUCAGCUGGGAAAGGGUACCCUCUGUCUGUGCAAUGCUUCUUUGGGGUUGGGUUGAGUGUGUGUGUCGGGGUGGGGGGAGACAGCACAGAGAGUGCGUGAGAGAGAAUGUGUGAAUGUUUUAAGCAGGGAUCCGUCUCCUGGAGGGUAUUUAACACUAAGGAAUGUGCAAUCUGGGCCCAAAUGUUAAUGUGAUGGUUGUCCACUUUCUGGGGAUUUUAGUUUUCUGCAAUGAGCUAGCUUUGAACACACGAGGCCUGAACCUACACAGAGCUCCCUCAAUGGCACUCAGAUUGUCUAAGGGAAAGCAAGAAUAACUCACUGUUUACAGCUCCAGGCAGCAGCUCCUGCCGAGGGGAGAAAGUGGGCGGAGAACAUCAUAGAACAGGUGGCUUUUGCUCCUUACUCAGAGUAGGAGUGGCCUUCCCAAGGCAACUGGGGACAGGUGUCCGAGCUCUAGCAUCUAGAUUCCUUCAUCCCCAGCCAGUAGAACAUUACACACCUCAGCCCCAUCCCUACACGCUCUGGAGUUUUGUGAUGUCCUUCCUGUUCUCUGGGACGACUCCGUAUCUCCCACGGUAGAAUUAAGAGCUCUGGGCAUGUCCCGGUGACCAGCUGGCAGAAGCUAGAAGACCUAGACCCCCUACCUGGUCCUUGUCCUGACCCUCUCCUUUUCUCUUGAUUAUUAUGGUGUUAACUACCCUGGUUAGCUAUUCAUGAGGAGCGGACUGAAAUGCUCCCCACUCCUGGACCUGUUUGCUGGCAUUUCCCAGGCUCCUGGCCCUGGCACUCUCUCACUGGGUCAGACUUGUUUCUGUAGGUGUCCAGACUUUGCCAUUGCUGAUGCUCUGGCCCUGUGUGCCACACCUCCCUUCUGAAGAGCCAUGGGUUGUGCUGGAUGUACAUCCACCUACCUGAGCUGUACCUUUAGAAGGAUUGCCUGGCCUCUCCCUUCUCUGUUCCUACUUGGAAGCCUAGCGCCAGGGCACUGGUGAGACCCGCUCCGGGUCUUUUGAGAGAAAGCUUGAGACACCUUGCCAGGAGCAACUGUUUCCUCACACUGCCUAAUCUGGCCCUCUCUUGCUGUGAAUGGGAGGGAAGAAGAGGGGAAGAGAAGCGUUCAGGAAGUGAGGUUCAUGGAACAGGCUUCGACAAGGAGCUCUGAACAAGGCUCUGACAGUGGACCACCUGAGAGCAGCCCACGCCCCACUCAGUGCCCCUGGUGGCUGGAGGCCUUGGGUCUGCACUGCUUCUCUGUCUGAGAGAGUCUGGAUCUGGCCUGUUCAGCAGCCUUCUACUUCCUCUCCCAGCAAGAACCUCUGAGAGCUUGCUCUUCCUUAGGGACUCCAGGGCACACAUCCACCUUUUCACUUUAGGAUUUUUUUUUCUUUUUUUUCUUUUUUUAGUGUUUUGGUUUGUUGUUGUUUUGGUUGUCCUGGAACUCACUCUGUAGACCAGGCUGGCCUCAAACUCAGAGAUCUGCCUGCCUCUGCCUCCCGAGUGCUGGGACUAAGUAAGGGUGUGCACCACCACUACCCUGGUGCAGCUGAACCCUUUAAGGAGCUACAGUAACCCUUGUUUGCCUUGGUGAGAGUCUGAGAAUCAGGCGCUUUGGGUACACAACCCAAUCUACAUAGCCAAGCCUUCAGCGUCUACUUGUCCUGGGCAUGGGCAGGGCCUCCUCGUUGCUGGGGAUGAUGACCGGGUUUCCAGGCAUCCAUGGCCUUGUCUGAAUAUAGUCUCUAACUGCCACAGUUUCAGAGAAAGGGGAACAAGCUCUCCUUUGCCUCUUGCCCUUCCAACUAGACUAUUGAGAUGCAGCAGGGGUUACCCAUAGCCAUCUCCAGGACAUCCGCAGCUGAGGUCCUAGACUCAGGGGUGGCCCAGGCAUGCUCCUGGUGACCUGUUACCAGGACGGAGAGGAACUACAGGCCUGUUUAACCUGCUCUGCAGCCACUAUAAAUAGGUGCCUUGUUUCCCACAGAGCAAAGGGGGUGUUUCUGUUCUAAAAGCCGGGUAUUUGCCUGUGCUCUGAAAGAUGGAGUCGGGCCCUAGGGGCAAUGUGUGUGUGUUUUAUCUCAACAAGAGGCAGGAGGGAAAAGAAGCCAGUGUCUUUCAUACCGUUAAAGAGACACCUUUGUACAGGACCCUGUGUAUAGGUUUUAGUGCCAUAUUGAAUCUUAUCUGAGACUUGGCUCGUUGUAAGGCUCACCCUUCUUAUGGGAAGCUUCAAAAGCCACACCCACCUUAGCAUCCUGGAUGGUUAGAAGGCUCACCAUCUUAUGGACACCUGCAAAGGCCACGCCCACCUUAGCAUCCUGGAUGGUUAGAAGGCUCACCCUUCUUAUGGGCAGCUUCAAAAGCCACACCCACCUUAGCUGCAGGAUGCUAAGAUGCAGCUUCCAGGUCAAAGGCCGUCAGCUGCCGGACACAGGUACUUGGGGUCUAUGAAAUAUAGCCUUGUCCUCGUUUGGCUAGCUAGUGAGCCCUGAGAUCCUGUGAGACUCUUAAGGAUCACAAAACAGGAAGUGGCAGGGCUGGGAUUCCAGUCCCCACACCUAGCCCUGGCCUGCCUGCUCAACUUCUCAGGAAGCUCAAUACUGCCUGAGUCUUCUUUCCCAAGACUCACCUGGAAAGCCUGGCGCCCACACCUGUGCAGGUUCUGGGCCACAUUCCCUCACUGCCCAGGUGCACUGGGGUGUCAAGCAGGGAUGCUCUGGAGAGGGACUUCAGGCCACCCCUUUCUGGGACCUUGAAGCCACUCCCUUCUCGGGCAGCACCCUAGCCCUUUUUCCAGGCUCACUGCCCAUUUGUGCCCUAUGAACCCCAAAAGCCAAGAGUAGGAUGGAGAAGCCAAGUGGCCCUCAUUCAUAGCAGCCAUAUCCCUGACCACUGGAACUUUCUGGAAAAUAGUUGUUUCCCAGGCUAAGCAGGUUCCUUCUCUUACUGGGGUUGACCCUCUUGGGCAGCUGUCCUGUGCAGGCUACAACACACAUUUUCACUUGUUCAAUACCCACUCACCAGCAUGGCUCAUGGUCAGGACAUGAGGUUGAUGACUGGGACAAAAGGCAAGGCCUGUGGGCAGCUCUCAGGCAAGAGGCCAGAUCAUAAACUGAUUUGAUCACUCUGGAGUUGGGGAUUGUGUUAGCAUGAAGUAGGUACUCAGUAAAAGACUGCAGAUCAGACCAGGAGCCAGGUUAGGAGUGGUCAGGGGGUUGACAAAAUAGCAUCUCCUAUAUAUGGACACAAAGUCAUUUAACAAACAUUUGCUGAGUGCCCUCAGGUUGUGAGCUGCUGUAAGGGGCAACAGAGAUCAAGCACCCAUCCCUGAUGUCUGAGUGGUACUGUCAACCUGGAAAGACAAGGUGGAGCACAUGGGCUUUCUUGACCAUUCUAUUGCCUUGGAUCCAUCUAGAUAAACGCCCACAAAGCUUUCCACACCUACCUUAGGGGUGUUCUUUGUGGUGAGUGAGCCUUUGCCAAACAGCCAAGACCCCACCAGUUAACGACCACCUAUAGGGAGUCUCUGGGGAGAUAACUCCCUGCUACUUCCAGGCACUGGUGGGGGCAGGGGCACAAGAACCCUGAAUUCCAGCUGCGAAUGGCAUUGUACAGCCUUGGAGCAUGGGAAGCAGUAACUGCUCACUGCUCCGUCCAUCCUGCCCUGGCUGGGGACACAGCUCAGGAACACUGGGCCUCCCAGCAUUUCUUAAUAUUUUAAUGUCUCGCUGUUUCACCCAAGUCCCUAACGGAACUACCCAUAUGACAAUCUGUCUGUGCCUUAUGGAAGUGUGUGUGUGUGUGUGUGUGUGUGUGUUUGCACACUUUUUAUCCUUUAAAAUGCAACCCUUCAACGUGGACAAGAAGCUAGCAGAUGCAGUUGGGCUCCAGAAUGCCAGUGAGGAGUCCCUUAGACCCUCUUGUGGUUUGCAGUUGGAAUGAUAGUGUUCAUCCCCCACCCGUCCCCACUACCUGUGUACAGACCCUUUGAAACCUGUCUGUCCUUUCUGAUUGAAUACUGUGACUCUCCAAUACCGUCUAGUCCUUGGGGAACUGUACUAAAGGCCUGAGAACUUGGGGAGUGAGCGGGAAGGGUUUGCGCUGGCCUUUUGUGUGUUGUGUGUUCUGAUAUUUGUCUGUUUUUAUCUGUUUUAUAUUAACAUAAAUUUCAUGUUUGAAAACAAAUACAACUUUGGCUUGGUACAAAAAAAAA